AGCGAUAUUGCAUCAAAGUGCAUGCUUGCCGCACCACAAGAUGGCGGCCCCCAUAGUGGGUUUUCCGCGAAAUGCAGCUUGCAUUCGCGGCUGUUUGCAGCUCCGUUGGGAUACGAAAAGACCAUCACUUUAUACUCUCGGCUUUUCAAAGUUUGUAAGAAGCCUAUCCACUUCGUCGACUGUACAACAUGACUAUGACCUGGUUGUUGUGGGCGGUGGGUCCGGCGGACUGGCCUGUUCUAAAGAAGCCGCCCAGCUGGGUGCACGGGUCCUGGUGCUUGACUAUGUGGACCCCUCCCCCCAGGGUAGCCGCUGGGGGCUGGGGGGCUGCUGCGUUAACGUCGGCUGCAUCCCCAAGAAACUGAUGCACCAUGCAGCACUGCUGGGGCAUGCUGUACAGGAUUCAAAGAAGUACGGCUGGAAUGCGCAUGUGGAUCCCACCAUUGACUGGACAACCCUGACGACUGUGGUGCAGCAGCACGUCAAGUCUCUCAACUGGGGACACAGGGUGCAGCUCAAGGACAAACAGGUGGACUAUCAGAAUGCGAAGGGCUCCCUCCUGGAUCCCCACACAGUGAGAGUGGUAUCAGCCAAUGGGAAGGAGAAGACUGUGACAGCCAGUAACAUAGUCCUAGCUGUGGGAGGCAGACCCAAGUACCCUGAUAUUCCAGGUGCGAUGGAACAUGCCAUAACCAGUGACGACCUCUUCAUGCUGGAGAAGCCUCCAGGAAAGACUCUGGUCAUCGGAGCCUCGUACGUGUCCCUGGAGUGUGCCGGCUUCCUCACCGGCCUGGGCUUCGACACUACCGUCAUGAUUCGCUCCAUCCCGCUCCGGGGUUUCGACCGCCAGAUGGCAGACUUGGUGACCGACCACAUGGAGGGGAGCGGCACUCGGUUUCUACGGCAACAUGUUCCCUCGGCGAUAGACAAGACAGACAGCGGGCAGUUACAGGUCACGUGGAGGGAUGGAAGCGGCCAGGAAGGCCAAGGCACGUUUGACACAGUCAUGAUGGCUGUCGGUAGGUUUGCGAACACGGGCACACUUGGACUGGAUACUGUCGGCGUCGAGUGGUACAGCGAAUCGGGAAAGGUGAUAGGGAGAGAGGAGAACCCUGAACAAAGCUCCGUCCCUCACAUCUUUGCGAUAGGCGACAUUCUUCACGGGCGUCCGGAACUCACACCCGUCGCUAUCAAGGCAGGGAGACUGCUAGCACACCGGCUGUUUGCCGCCACACGCGAACACAUGGACUACGACAAAGUCCCUACCACGGUCUUUACUCCAUUAGAGUACGGCUCUGUAGGACUCUCUGAGGAGGCAGCUCUUGAAAGAUUUGGUCCCGACCAGGUAGAGAUCUACCAUGCCUUCUACAAGCCUCUGGAAUAUUACAUCCCAGAACGGGACGCUUCGCAGUGUUACAUCAAGGCUGUGUGUAAACGGGACGGGGACCAGGAGAUAGUUGGGCUCCAUUUCCUCGGUCCAAACGCGGGGGAGGUCACGCAAGGAUUUGCGGUGGCCCUACGUUCUGGCCUGACGUACCAACAGCUGGCGAGUAGUGUGGGAAUCCACCCUACCUGUGCAGAGGAGGUGGUGAAGAUGGGCAUCACCAAACGCUCUGGGCUGGACCCCACUGUCACAGGCUGCUGAGGCUAAAGUUGUAGUUCCACACAGCAAUCAGUAAAACAAGUCGGGGUCUUGACUAUCAUCUUCAAGCUGUGGUACAAAGCAUGACUAUUCAUUAAUUGCCAAAAGAAUCAGCUUAAUGUAAUAUAAGGCUUCAGAGUACGAUGAGAGUAUCUUGUUUCUGACUC